AUGACCACUGAAGAUCGAUUCUUCGUGAUUAUUCUCACUAUUCUCGUCGUGCUAGGCUUCAUAUUGAACCUUUUGCUUCUCUACUUGAUUCUCUACAAAAGCCCACCGACAUUGUCACCAUAUCGAAUAUUCCUGGCGAACACCACAAUUACCCAAUUGCUCUUCGCGUUUGGUGCUCUAAUAUCACAGCCGAGAAUUCUAACAUCUCAUGAGUACACGGUUGUCAUUUAUUUGGGUCCCAUUCAGUUUUACGGCGAAUGGCUAUCAUACAUGUCUUACAUUUUUAUUUUGCACUUAUCUCUGAAUUCAUUCAUCAGUCUGAUGCUCUCAAUGGUUUAUCGAUUCAAUUCUGUGAAAUUGCGACGAUUAGGUGUAAAACCAUCUCUGAUAAUAUGCAUCAUUGGCUACAUCUAUUGUUUCAUUCUAAUGGUGAGUUGUACCCAAAUCGAAGUGUCUCGAGAUGAAACCAUAAAUGAGCCAAUUGUUGGGAAUAUUGUGCCAGAUUAUCGCCAAUAUAAUAUGGUCCUCUCCACAGAUAUUCAUCAACUGCCUUUGAUGGUUCUUAUAACAAUGGUCACAAUCGGCUUGUUGCCAAUUUAUUUCGUCAUGUGUUGGUGUCGAUUCAAAAUAUAUCAAAUUCUCAAAAAGGCCACGACUAUACAUAAUUCAACAACCAGGAAUAAUGUGAAGCGGCUUGUGAAUGCUUUAACUAUUCAAUCAAUAAUUCCGGUGAUUUCCGUAUUUCCCGCCUCACUGCUCUAUGUUCUAUCUCAAAUGAAUACAAUUCAGUCAGGGUUAUACGGAUAUUUUAUAGUGCCUAGUUUAACGAUAUCGACAAUCGUCGAUCCACUUGUCACUAUUAUCAGUGUAAUUCCAUAUAGACGAUGUGUUCUCCAAUUAUGCCAUUUGAAAUAUAGCGAAGUGACAGUAUCGAACUUGGAGAAAUCGCGAAGCUACGGUGCUGCUGGAAAUAAGUUAUUCUUCAUUUCGUAUCAAUGA